GUUAGAGAUGAAUAAAAUAAUAUUUCUUCUUCUUUUUAAAAUCAAUCAGAACGUUUACGUAGGUGCUUCUAAGUUAUCCGAUAUAGGUAGUAUCUAGUCGUACGAAGAUCGGACAAUUAAUUUUUUGACUUUAGUGUAUCUAAAUAACAAAAUUCUUUGAACUUAACCUAAUUAGAGGAUUACGAUUCUUUUGUUUUGAGAGAAUCUAAUAGUAUGAUUUAAUGUUAUUCAUAUUUAUUUUAUAUUUCAAAAAUGAUAAACAUAUUUUACUAACUCAUUGAAAAAAAUUCUCCUUAAGAUUUUACGGUCUGUUUAUGGCCCCAAUCGUUUUAUAUAAUUGCGAUUGUAUUUUGUGAAAUUAUCUUACAAAUAAGUAUUUUUUAUUAUUAAUACGAUUGUCGUAUGAUUAGCAAUAACCGUUGACAUAACCUCAAAUAACGCGGUUGAAGUGGAUAGUCUAAAAUUUAACAAAUGAAUUGAAAAAAUUCGUAUUUUUAUAAGUAAAUAAAAUGUUUAAUAUCUUACGGUAUUGUGUGCAACAACACACAAUUAAGAACACGUUUAGAGUACAAUCUGUAAGAACGUUUUUAUCUCCUGCAUAUUAUUGUAAAGAAGUAUGGGAUAGGCGAUUAAAUUCCCCAAUUUUACAAAAAGUAAAUGUUGACGAGUUUUUCUAUGAACUAGAUCAGAGAUAUCAGAAAACUAAGGAAUUGAGUGCAGUAGAUGUGGAUCUAUUUGUGAACGCAAUUAAAAAUGAAUAUUACGUUGAAGAAUUAUUAGACAUUCUACAUAAACUCCGAUUAACUGCAGAAACUUGUAAUACAUUAAGCUCAACAAAUCACAGUGCAGUGAGAUUAUUAAUGCAAUAUGGAACUAUGGAGAAUUUAGCUAAUGUAUUGGAUGAUAGAUUAAAUUACGGUAUAUUCUUAGAUUUUUACACCGCUAAUAUAUUAAUGGAUAUGUGUUGGAAGAAGAAAGAUUUCGUUUCCGGUUCUCGAAUAGCCAGUCAAUUGAUGUUACAAGAAGAUUUUGAUCAUCCCAUUUCCACCAGUUUAUCAUUAUUACAUUGUUAUAAUUACCUUUUGAAUCCAAAUGGUUGGCCGGAAUAUGAAAAACCCGAAGAACCUGAAGAAGAAGUCAAAGUUAGAGUGAAAUUUGUGAGAAAUCCAUACUUUGACGAUCAUUUCGAUCUAAGGGAUCCUAAUAAAAUUGUUGGUAAAACUUUAGCAAUGUUCACGGAAGGUAAAAAUGAUUCUUUGAAUAGAUCUUUCAAUAUUUUGGGAAACGUUUUGUUUGGUAAAGUGGAAAAAGCUACAGGGGCUUUGGAUGAUUGUGUUAAAAAGGGAAUACCACUCUAUAAAGAAAUAAUAAAUUUAAUUCCACCAGAUUAUACUCCCGAGUUAUUAUCAAAAAUAGAUAUCGAUUCAAGUGAUGUACAAACUUUAUUAUCGAAAUCUGUUGAGAAACAAGUACAUUUAACUUCUGAAAGGGACAUUGCAGAACAGUGUAAAAUUUAUCUCUCUUGGGAAGAUGAAAGAAUUAAAGCUAUUGAAUUACAAAAACAACGAUUAUCAACUAUCAAACGUCUCCAAAAUAUAGAAUCCCUUCAUACUGCACUUAAAGAGAAACAAACAAGAUUAUGGUUCUUCGAAAACGAAGAGAAUAUCGAAUUAGCUAUUGAAGAUGGAAAAAAGGUCGCACCCGAAGAAAAGAAGAAAGUUAAGAAGACUAAUGAUGAGAACUACAUACCUCCUGAAAUACGUUAGAAUGUACAUUGAAGUGAAAAAAUAAAAUAUAAUUUGUU